AUGUGGCGCCUGGUGCCCCCGAAGCUGGGCCGCCUGUCCCGCUCGCUGAAGCUGGCGGCGCUGGGCAGCCUGUUGGUGCUGAUGGUGCUGCACUCGCCGUCGCUGCUGGCCUCCUGGCAGCGCAACGAGCUCACCGACCGACGCUUCCUGCAGCUCAAUAAGUGCCCGGCGUGCUUCGGCACGAGCUGGUGCCGCCGCUUCCUCAACGGGCAGGUGGGCUUCGAGGCGUGGGGCCGCCUGCGCCUGCUGGACUUCCUCAACGUGAAGAACGUGUACUUCGCGCAGUACGGCGAGCCCCGCGAGGGCGGCCGCCGCCGAGUGGUGCUCAAGCGCCUCGGCUCGCAGCGCGAGCUGGCGCAGCUCGACCAGAGCAUCUGCAAGCGGGCCACCGGCCGCCCGCGCUGCGACCUGCUGCAGGCCAUGCCCCGCACCGAGUUCGCGCGCCUCAACGGCGACGUGCGCCUGCUCACGCCCGAGGCGGUGGAGGGCUGGUCGGACCUGGUGCACUGCCCCUCGCAGCGCCUGCUCGACCGCCUGGUGCGCCGCUACGCCGAGACCAAGGACUCGGGCAGCUUCCUCCUGCGCAACCUCAAGGACUCGGAGCGCAUGCAGCUGCUGCUCACGCUGGCCUUCAACCCCGAGCCGCUCGUGCUACAGAGUUUUCCAUCUGAUGAAGGUUGGCCAUUUGCAAAAUAUCUUGGUGCAUGUGGAAGAAUGGUGGCUGUAAAUUAUGUUGGAGAAGAACUGUGGAGUUACUUUAAUGCACCAUGGGAGAAAAGAGUUGAUCUCGCUUGGCAGCUAAUGGAAAUAGCAGAACAGCUUACAAACAAUGACUUUGAAUUUGCACUCUACCUCUUGGACGUCAGCUUUGACAAUUUUGCAGUUGGUCCUCGAGAUGGGAAGGUAAUCAUUGUGGAUGCUGAAAAUGUUUUAGUUGCUGACAAAAGAUUAAUUAGACAAAAUAAACCAGAAAAUUGGGAUGUGUGGUAUGAAAGCAAAUUUGAUGACUGUGAUAAGGAGGCUUGCUUAUCAUUUUCAAAAGAAAUUCUUUGUGCUCGUGUCACUGUGGACCACAACUAUUAUGCUGUUUGUCAAAAUCUUUUAUCCAGACAUGCCACCUGGCGUGGCACUUCUGGAGGACUUCUUCAUGAUCCACCAAGUGAAAUUGCCAAAGAUGGCCGACUGGAGGCCUUGCUCGAUGAGUGUGCCAACCCAAAGAAGCGCUAUGGCCGAUUCCAGGCUGCAAAAGAGCUGCGUGAAUAUCUAGCACAAUUAAGUAACAAUGUAAGGUAGUCUAUGGUAAACCGUUAUCCUUUUUUUUGUUUUUAAUUUCUUUCACUGAAUAGCACUGCUAAAACUAAACCACCAAAAACUAUCUGGAAAAGAAAAAUUUGGAAGUGUUACAUUCAGAAGAUGCUGAACUUGCAUUGAUAAUUUUUACAUUAACAUCUGUCAAAACAUUAUAUUUCAAAGUUCACAUGAUGCUUCUGCAAAUAAGUAUGUUCUUAGACUGUUGAGACUUGAGACAUCAUUGACUGCCACCUUCCCAAUGCCUGAGUGGAUUACUGAAUAUUGUUAAGCUAUUGGAAAGGAGUCUGAUAGUUAUAUGGCUUGUGUACCAAACGGUACUUGGUACUUGGUUUGCAUUACUAUCAUGAUUUUGUGAAUCUCUUGCAUUUGUUUACUUUGAAUGUCAAGUUUGAUCGGCCUGUUUUAUAGGCCACUUUUACCUUCAGAUGUAUAGUAUGAUUUUCCAUUUUUAAAUAUUUUACACAUUCUGGUUACUAUAGCUGUUCACUUAAAUUUUAACUAGUUUUCAUUCAGUGCUGUGCGGUACAUAUUUACUGGUAGGGCUGGAUUCCCAGGUUUACUGUGCUUUCUACAGACAGUUGAAUAUUUCAUUCUGUAAAUAAUGCCCUUCUUCCCCAGCUUCUGUGAUUUCACCAUUGCAUGAUGCCACUUCAAAUUACUUAAGGAGUACAUGUCUCUAUGCCAGUUGUUAUAAGUACACUGAACAUGAAAUUCAGCUGUGCUGUGACAUGUCAUUGCGUCCUUUCCUAGCGGCUUUCAGAAGGGUACACUAGCAGUCUACACCUUGAUGCUAAUUUUGGUUGAGAAAAAAUAGAACCCAUUAUUUUUUAAAUGCUGACUAGUCCAAAAUAGUAACUCAUAUGCCAAAGAAAUAUUAGACAUAGUUCAAUGUUUAGAAUUUAAACUAGAAUUGAUCACCUUAUCUUACUUCCAAUAUUUUAACUCUUGUCGUUAUUAAAUUGAAAUAUACUUGCUUCUUCCUCAGUGUUGACACUUAAGCUACUGCUUUCAAAAAUACAUAACUAAAGAUACUCUACCCUUUUAUUCACUGUUAGUUUUGUAAAAUUAAUGAUAGUCAGUGUUAGAGUUUGAUCAGGUACCAGAAUCUUUAUUUAUAGAUGUACUAAUAACUUAUUUACUGUAACACAAAUAAUUACCCAUCUUCCCAGAAAGGUUUUCUUUACUCAAGCAUUAGAAAUCAAAUUGAAAUAUGUGGAUAAAAAUUAACAAUGUGUAAACUUUGAUACAUUUUACAAUGCUCUAUAAGCUGACUAUCAUAGAUAAGGCAGUGUUUUUCUAUUUAAGUUACUGUUUGUGUUUACAGCAGUUUGGGGUAGUGUGCAGUAACUAGUUCUGGACCGGCCUUCUCUAAAUCAGAAGUUCUUAAAAUAUGCACAGCCAAAGCCAAGUUUUUCAAUUUCAUUCCUUCGGUAGCUAUUUAUUGAGCAUCAGCUCCAUGCCAGGCAUGCUAGUAGCUGCUAUACACUGUCUGAACAUGACAUGGUUAAGUGACUUUAUCGACAUUCAGUGUAAGUACUUCUCACCUGAAGGAGCACAACUUAGGCGAUGCUUUCACGUUGUUCUGGUGGACAUUCUGCUUGAGUCAUCGAAAAUUAGCCUGUUAUGAAAGGAGGAUGAAAUCAGUAAAAGUUAAUACUGGAAAGAAUCGUGUAAGAGAUCUCCGUUACCUAAUAGAUUGUAUUAUGUUCAUUUUUAUGCAUCAGAAUCUUGCAUAGCUCUCAAUGAAACAUUUUAAGUGCUAACUUUUUACAACUUUGUAGUUUUUAGGGGAGUAGGAAAAAUCACUCAACCUUCAUUGGCUUCGUAUUCAAAGCUAUAAUAAAAUACAUAAUUUCAAACUAGAACACCUUUUCUAUUUCAUCUGUCUUCACAACACACGUUAGCGUGGCACUCAGAGGAAUUAUGUCUACUUUGGAAACAUCUUUCUUGGGAAGAUUGACUGAUUUCGACUGCAGAACAUGGUGGGAGAAAGCACUGUCAACAGCAAGAGUGUUUUGGGUUUGGUCAGUUUGUGUUUUUAUAAUUACAUUUCCCCUCAUGAGAUUAUUGGAUUUUUUUUUUUUUAAUCUUUGGAGAAGAUUGAGAAGAUAGUAAAAUUAGAAAUUAAAAAUUACAGGGAAAAUAUGUAUGUGAAAAGCAAUAAAUAUUUUGUUCACUUUGCUAUCAAGAUGUUCACUAUCAGAUAUUUAUUAUAUAGCAGCAAUUUAUAUUUUUAAUCAUUGCCCAUUAAUAGACGCAGUAAAAUAUUUUUGAAUCAGACAUUUGGAGUUUGUAUGUGCAUUAAAAUUGUCUUUUGUACUGUAAGUUGCUGUUUAAUUUGAAUAUUUUAUCAGAACUGUCUCCCUGUGCCUUUAUAAUAUAAAGUUGUUUCUGCAACUUUUAAAUCUUAAUAAAGAGUACUUUAAGAACCAUA